AUGGAUGAUCUGCAAAUUGUGCCGGUCUACAACAAGGUGGAAGCACAGUACGUAGACAUGAUGGUGCCUUUGUAUUCUUACGGUUGCGAGAAGAAAAUCAAGAAGGCGCUUUCUCAUCUCAAAGGAAUAUACUCGGUGAAAGUAGACUACUACAAUCAAAAGGUUAUGGUAUGGGGGAUUUGCAACAAGCUUGAUGUGUUAGCCAUGGUGAAAAAGAAGCGUAAAGAAGCUCGGUUUUGGAACAUAGAGGAGAAUAAUCCAGAGAGUGUUGAUGAUUCCAUCGUCGUGAAAGAAGACACUAUCAAAACUCCAUUUGAUUCACAUAAAUCAUCGGCUUAUUAUACGUAUUCUUCGUCGUCUCCGAGGUUCAUAAGACCUCCUUUGUCACUAAUUAGAACAUCUUCCUUCACAUGGAAAGCCGUGAAGAAGGUCUUUUCUAGAUCUCUUUCCUUUUGA